CUUACUGUUUAGAGGACCCGCAUACCAUGACCAUGUCAGCUCAAAAGAAUUUUCUAUUUUCAUCUCAUCCUUUUUCUUGCCUCCCAUGUGUGUUUGAUAUGUAUGGUAUAACAUCUAAAUUAUAGGCCAAUUUGCAAUUCUAUUUCCAAACAACACCAUGCUUGUUCCGUUGGAAUAUCACAUCAGAACAGAUGGAUUUGUAAGGAAACGGAAAACAAGCCAACAUAUCCUUGUGAUUGGACCUCCUUGCAAGAGAAAAUUGCUUCAUCAAUGGACAAAGCUUCCGGGUGAGAGAAAUGACUUCACAUGUACCAAAUGCAUUAAAUCAUAUCCCAUCAAUAUCUCAGCUUUCAUUUGAUUCACAGCUUGGUUUGUUGAGUUAAUGCGUAUCCUGUCCACCAGUGUACUCUCAGUCUCAGCCACUGCAAUAUAUCCACUAAUAGCGGACUUAUAUUGUCGAUUGGAGAGUAUCACAUGGCAUGUUGCUUGGUGAAAUUUUCUUCGCCUCUUUGUUAUUGGAAAAGUUGGGCCAGUGAGAAAGUGACUGAAAUUAUAAUGGAUAGAGCAAUCCCAUGUGAGCCAUUGAAGAAGUGGGUCCUCAAAGGCUCCUAUCUGGUAUAAUCUUUUUGUUCUCCUCUCCGGUUUCUAGUUUAUAAAUACUACAUAUGAAGUAAAGCCAUUCUCAUCCAACAAAUACUCAAUUUCCUAAAUUAAAUUGCAUAUCAAGCAGAACACCAUUCAAACUCACUCACCCUUCUCUUGUUUAGAAUAAAUAUUUGACAUGGGAAUUCGUUUGCCAUCUAUUCUUCUUAAUGCCAAGCAGGUCCUGAAAAUGCAAGCUAUGUCUGCCAGAAAUCAAUCUGAUGUUCCCAAAGGCCAUAUUGCAGUUUACGUGGGAGAGAUUCAAAGGAAGAGAUUUGUCGUCCCUAUAUCAUACUUGAAGCAUCCUUCUUUUGUAGAUCUGCUCAAUAGAUCAGAAGAAGAAUUUGGAUUUUGCCACCCAAUGGGCGGCUUGACGAUUCCAUGCCGAGAGGAUGCUUUCAUAAAUCUCACUGCCAGGCUGCACACGUCAUAAAAGAGAACAAAAAAGAAAUGUUCUUGAUCACAGUUUUGUCACCUAUAAUUUUAGGAAGUAGAGUAGGAUACUGUACAGUAACUUCGUUGUUUGAGCAAUGGAAAUUACAUUCUUCUCAUAUGAAAAAUUUCUCUUCAGCUCAUGAAUUUGGCGUUUUUUGCUGAUUA